AUGGCGACAGUUGUUUUCCCUCUCAUUCUCAACACUUCCACAACUCCCUCCCAAUUCAACUUCCAUCCUAACACAAUUCCAAACCCUAAUUUCACUUCUCUCAAUAUCAAUUUCAGCAAACCCUCAUCAUCACGUUCCACCCCUUCCCUUCGCGCAACACACCAUGAUUCCAACAACCCUCAAACUCCACAAGGGGAAAUUUCGCCAAUCUUGCCGAGGAGCUGUCGUUUUUCGACUUGCAGUGAGUAUUCCAUGGAGGCAUAUAAGAAUUAUGGUGUUUUGAAGGGUACAACUUUGACUGUGUGGCAUCUGUGUCGUUGCAACCCUCUUGGUAGGUCUGGAUAUGAUCCUCCAAGAUGGUUUGGUGAGAUUAAACAAGGGGAAGAACUUGAUGAUUGAUUAAUUUCUAGUGGCAUAUUUUGAAUCGGUAAGCAUUGCAAACUGAGCAUUUUAUAAACUGAUGUUCAUUGAUGUGCUAAUACUGUGGGCUCUUAGUUGUUUUUCCAUCUGGUUUCUUAAGAUCUUACCGCAUCAGAUAAAUUAGAUCAGGAAGAAUGAUAGCUGAGAUUGGAAUGUUAUUGACGAUGAUCAAAAUAAAAUGUCUUUCAUAUUUGUACUGCAGAAAAAAAAAACGGUAUGAAAUAGUGAACAUCUCUGUUCAUCUGUUCAUCAACAACCACCCUUUUCAGUCCAAUAUUACUAGAUGUACUACUACUAGCAUAGGAUAUUGAAAGAUGAACAGAGAUGUAUAUUAUAUUAGGAUAUGGACCAUAAUCAGUAACUAGCCGUAAAGUUUUUCAAUAAUUAUGUUACCAAAAAGAAAAGUUUCUCAAUAAUUCAACCUU